AUGGCGACUUCCCCGGGGCCUCAGCUUUUAGCCUCAGGUGGAGCCGCUUCCCCACCUGCAACACCUGCCCACCAUGUCCACCUGGACGGACGAACUCUGGAGGGAGGAGGCCAGUUGGUUCGAAAUGCGCUGACUCUAUCCGUAUUGACUGGCCGUGCGGUGACAAUCAACCAUGUUCGCGGAAAUCGGGGAGGCAAGACGGGUCUCAAGGCAUCACAUGCUGCAGCGGUCAAGCUGUUGGCCGAGAUCAGCCGGAGCAUCGUCUCUGAUGGGCGAGUAGGAUCGCAAUGCCUGACUUUCUCACCACCAGCUGUGUCAGAUAUGCCGGGCGGGAAACCCCUGGACUGUUCAGAACUGGCCUACACAGCCGGGGCUGUACCUCUCGUGUCUCUCUCUAACUUGUCCGUGCAGUCGGAAUACAAUAUUCGGUUACCGACACCAGGCUCUGUCUUUCUCGUUUUCCAGGCAUUAUACCCGUACUUGUUACAUGUGGGGUCGCGAGCAUGUACGGAGUGUAUCAAAGUGAACAUCACUGGUGGGACAAAUGGCACAAACUCGCCCUCCUAUGACUACGCGUCCCAGGUCAUGGUCCCGAACUUCAUCCGACUAGGUCUGCCGCCUCUUUCAAUCAGGUUGCAGAGACGUGGAUGGUCAACGGGAGAGGUUAAAAUGGGUACCGUCAGCUUUCUGAUCCACCCUCUUGCGGCUGGGGAAAACGUAACGAAGAAGACGAAUGGGCAGACAAUGUCCGAUGAAGGGAGGCAAUCAAACACAAUGGUGGCGCCGGCUCUUGGCCGUUUCCCAUCGAUCGAUCUCAUGAAUUAUGAGCGCGGUCAAGUCACCCGCAUUGAGGUCACCGUACUUGCGCCGGAUGUUAUUCUCGCCCCGGAAAGCACCACAGGAGAGACUUGGACUGUCCGGCAGUAUAUCGAGCGAGAGACCUCCCGUAGGUUGCGUCAAGCCAUUAAGGAGCUGGAACCGUCGAUAUUUGCAUCCCAUUCUGCACCUUAUGACACUACUAUGAAGCAAGACCUUGAUAUAGAGACUGAAAAUGGGGUUUCCCAUGUACCCAUUAGAAUCCAUACAUCGGAGACGACAUCAUCUUUCAGUCAACAAUAUCUGUUGAUUGUAGCCCACACAUCAUCCGGAUUCCGAAUUGGCCACGAUCUACUCUUGGGAGAGCAUAAAAGCCAGAAGCCGUUCAAAAGGAAACUCGGAAAGCACCAAAAGUACAAGAAGGGCCAGGGACCACCUGCUAAGAAAGUGAGCACUGAAGCAAAUUUGUCGAGGGUCUCGGAUCUGAUCGAAGACUGCGUGCACGGGUUUGUAAACGAACUUUCCGGCGACCUGACCACACAGACAGCACCAAGCCCGGAGUCACCGGCGGGAAGACGGUCAUGUUUGGACCAAUAUAUGCGGGAUCAGGUUGUGGUGUUUGAGGCUCUUGGUUACAUUCCGCGGAGCCCACUGAGUCCUGCUGUAAGUGAGAAGAACUGGAACCAGGAAGAUCGGCGACAUUGGACUCUCCACACCCAGACUGCGCAGUGGGUGUGUCGGGAGAUGCUGGCCGCGGAGCCCAAGAAUUAA